CGCUGCUGCAGCGUCAGCCGACUAUCACUAAUCCCAUGUGAAAAGAAGAUGGCGACGUCCAGGUUCGUGGAUGUGGAGCUCGCUCCUCCCGUGCCGGUAUUUGCCCUGACAGCGCGCUACAGGGAAGACAACCACCCCAACAAGUACAACUUAGGAGUCGGAGCGUACCGUACAGAUGAGGGUUUACCGUGGGUCCUGCCGGUGGUGCGGACUGUGGAGUCACAGAUGGCUGCUGACCCCAUCCUGAACCACGAGUACCUGCCCGUGUGCGGACUGGACAGCUUCUGUAAGGCCGCCACCAAGCUCGUGCUAGGAGAGGACGCCGCGUCUAUCGCUCAGAACAGGGCUGCAGGUGUUCAGGCCCUGAGUGGUACGGGUGCCCUGAGGCUGAGUGCAGAGUUUUUCAAGCGGUGUCUGGGCAUGAACGUCAUGUACCACUCCAAACCUACCUGGGGAAACCACCUCGGAAUCUUCAAGCACGCAGGUUUUACAGAGAUCAGGGAGUACAGGUACUGGGACGCCUCCACCAAGGGCCUGGACAUCAAGGGCAUGCUGGAGGAUCUCAGGGCUGCACCAGAAGACUCAGUAGUGAUCCUCCAUGCCUGCGCUCACAACCCCACCGGAGUGGACCCCAACCCCAGUGAGUGGGAGCAGAUCAUGCAGGUCGUCAGGGAGCGGCGGUUGUUCCCGCUAUUUGACUCGGCGUACCAGGGCUUCGCCUCGGGUGACCUGGACAGAGAUGCCUACGCCGUCAGGCUGUUUGAGAAGGCGGGAUUCGAGAUGAUGGUCGCACAGUCCUUCUCCAAGAACUUUGGGCUCUACAACGAGCGUACAGGAAACCUGGUGAUCGUUUCUGCGGACCCAGAGUCGCUGAGAAGAGUCCGCAGUCAGAUGGAGGUGAUCGCCCGCCCCAUGUGGUCCAACCCGCCCAACCACGGCUGCCGUAUCGUGGCCACGGUGCUCGGGAACGCUGCCUUCUACGCAGAAUGGAAGGACAACAUCCGUACGAUGUCCAGCCGGAUCAGUGACAUGCGGCGGCUGCUGCACGAAAAGCUCCGUCAGCUGAAGACUCCCGGGAACUGGGACCACAUCACCAACCAGAUCGGCAUGUUCAGCUUCACCGGCCUGGGGCCCAAACAAGUUGACUACAUCAUCAACAAGUACCACGUGUACCUGAUGAAGAACGGUCGCAUCAACAUGUGCGCCGUCACCACGGGCAACGCCGAUUACAUCGCCUCUGCCAUCAACGAUGCAGUCACUAACGUCACUGAGGACCCCAAACUGUGAGGAGCCAGCUAGCCGAAGUUCCAACUGAGCAGUACUCAAAGUGGUUAUUCAGAUUUAUCUGUUAAAUUUAGUUAGAUUUGAUCACAUAAGAGCGCACAGGUUGAGAUGCUUUGAAAUGCUGUAACCUAGUAUCCAGUCUAUUGGGGUUGGGGCGGGUUCUCACCGAGGACCCAAAACUGUGAGGAGCCGGCCAGCUAGCUGGAGUUCCUUCCAACUUCAGGGCUCGAAAUACUUUUUUCUGCAUACCUGCACUGAGUGCAGGUAACAUUGGAAAUUUACCUCCAUCAGACAAGAUUUACCCGCACCACUCAGACUUUGAGAAGUAUGGGUUAUACUGAAAACUGUUCAGAAACCAUUGCCAUUAUUUCUUUUAAACUUCAUAGAUGGUAAUAGUCAUUGCAGCAAAUAAAACUCAACAUACACCUACAUGUACAUGACUUUAAACCCAAUUCGUGGACCAGUACAUGGACCAGGUGGACAUCGGAAAUACCUGC